AUGUCAUGUUUAUAUUAUGUCCUAGUCAAACAUUGUCUAAGCGAAACAUCCUGGUUGCAAACAUUUGAAAACGUUUAUAAGUACGCCUUAAAACAUUUCACAACGAUCCUCAGUGAACACAAUUGUCCAAAACAUAUGUUGAAGACUUUCAGUGAUAUGUGGAGCAAUGAAACGUUAAAAUAUCUUAUCAAGUCUUGUGUAAGUAAUCGGUUGGCUGACCUAAGCAUUCGUUAUAUCUCUACGGAUUUGAACGAGAACUUUGAAUUGUCUGAAUCUUAA